AUGGGAGGAACUGAGGAUGAUGGCGGAGACUCUUUGUGUAAAAUAUGCAAACACGAAGUAAAAGACAAUGAACAUGGUCUUUUAUGUGAAGGAAAAUGCCAAUCUUGGUAUCACAUAACUUGUCUGGGUAUUAGUAGUCAGCUAUAUAAAAAAAUGUAUGGAGAAAUUCUGAAGAUCCUUAUUUGGAUGUGCCCUUCUUGUAAGAAACAGCUUAAGCAAUUAAUGGAACUGGAGACCUGUGCUGAUAAGAUGAAGACUCUUUGUGACAAAUUUGCAAAUAUUGAAGGAAAAGUUAAUAGCAUAUCAGAAAGUGUGGAGAAGUCCUUUUCAAAGCCUACAUAUUCACAAGUUGCAAUCUGUAACAAGCAGUUUUCAGUGGCAAAACCUGUAAGUCUGCCUAACUUGAUAAUUAAGCCAAAAAACAAGCAAGAUUUGCAAAAAUCCAAGCAAGAUAUUGAAAAAAUCAAACCAGUGGACAUUGGAGUUAGAAUUAAUACUAAAAGGAGCUAUCAAAUGGAAAAAUCCUUCUAA